CUCCAUAGCAACCGAAUCACCACCACGAUAAAAAGUUGAUAUUUUAGAUUUGUAUCUCUAUUUCUCGAGGAAGGAAAUCAACAGAAGAUGACGCGUCCUUUUUAUAAAGUGAGUCUGGAGACAAAAACUUUAAAGCUUUAAAAAAAAAAAAAAAUGCCAGGAACAAAGGUUAUAAAGGCUAAACCAGUGGAGGUGACAAGAAGAAGCAUCGAGAGAGUCAAACCGGUGAAGGAAAGAGAGACUAAAGGAGCAGAGAAUGAGCGUAAAGGUGCAGAGAAUGAGCGUAAAGUGCCGGCUGUGCGUAAAAACCGCGCGGCCAGUUGCUCCAGGUGCCCCCAGCAGCAGCAGAGGGGCAGGUUAGGGGCAACAGGGGCAACAUUAGCAACAUUAGCAUCCAGAACCAACUGUGACAGAAGAGUCAGGUCCAGCUCUACUGCUCCCAGGCUGAUCGGGAACUGGCCCAAAGCAAACCCGGACUGCAGGAAGGGGAGCAGCUCGGUGAAUCACGCCGCCGCUGUGAGCCUGAAGAGCGGGGAAGCAAGCAGCGGAUGCCCGGUGCAGAGAGAGCAGCGGAGCCUCAGAGCUGCUGAAGCCAAGUAUGCAAACCAGAGCCACAAAGCUUUCACCGUCAUCCCCCCGAACCCCAAGAAAAGACGAGAGAUCCAGAGGAAGGCGGAGGCGGAGCUCGCCGCCCUGGAGGAGCUGCGGCUGAGCAGAGCCAUGGCGUACGUCUCCAUUAACCCCAGCAGUGUUGGUGGUUGUAUGAGUCUGGAGGAAGUGCGACUGAAGCAGCAGCAGGAAAUGAUGCAGGCGAGGAGGAGGAAACAGCAACAGGUGGUGAAGACGCAGCAGGUGUUGGAACAGACGACCGUCCUGACCAGCUGAGCGUCUCCACGUCUCCUCGUCUCUUCGUCUCCUCGUCGUCUCUUCGUCUCCUCGUCUCCUCGUCUCUGUCGGCAGCUCAACGCCUCGCUGGACCCGCGACACAAAGAUCACACGUAGCUCUAAACCUGGAUUAAAUAUCACACGUUCAUUCAUUCAAUUACUCUUUAAAAUUAUAUAAAUAACAUCACUUGUGUAUAAAUAUAAGUUGUCUGACAUCUUUAUAUUUUACAGGUUGU